CAACGAGUCACUAGUAUCAGAACUGGCCACUGCCCUCAGCUUUACUAUGUGAUAUAUAUAGAAUACGUCCCCCACUGUGCCUGGAGGAACAGCAGGAACGAUUUGGACGUGAGCAUCACAACGAGCAAGCUCAACAUGCAGCAACUCUUUGCAGAUUACUGUGGGACCCGACCGAUACACUCUCCGAUCCGCAAUUCCCCUAAAGUACAACCACAACAACUCGGCACCGGCAAUUAUGUUUACGAUAGCCUCCCUUCCCCAACUUCGAUUCGAGUCCUCUUGCUGGCGCCAGGAGAUCCCGACGACGAUAUUUUCUGUUACCUCACAUUCUGCGACUUGGAAAAAGAUUGCGCUCUUGAUCCUUCCAUCCCAAGCCCUGUCGAAACACCGUGUUUCGUUACUGGAAAGGGGUAUGGCGAUCAAAAUGAGACGAAGACGUUCGAAUUGUAUUUUGAUACAUACACCGACAAAAACAAAGAUGAUAAAGCGCCUGAUGAAGCUGGUAAAGUACCAGUAGGAACAGUCAAACCCCCUGGCGACCCUGGAAAUGGCAUGUCCGUUCCGCUCGAUACUGGAUACACCAAGGAUCCCGGCAGUACAGAGGCACAGGAGGAAGAUAAUGAGAUGAUCGACCGGUGUGAUCCACUUCAGCAAGGACAGCUCUCGGAAGCCAACGGCGCCUUCGACAGCCGCGUCCGCCUACACCCAUUUCAACGAUAUACAGCACUGUCAUACGUAUGGGGAAGCCUCGAAAACCCUGCGCAUAUCACUCUCGACGGCUAUGCCAAUGUUAGUGUUACCAGGAAUAUGCAUAACGCCUUAAGAUGCUUGCGUCGACCAGAUCGCGCUGUAUCAUACUGGGUGGACGCCAUAUGCAUCAACCAGAGCGACCCAGAAGAAAAGAAAAUCCAGAUUGGGCUUAUGCGACGUGUGUACAAGCAAGCACAUCAAGUAAUUGCCUACGUGCCACAAAAUCCGGAGGACGACAAUGCAUUCAAUGGGCUUGCUAAGAAAAUUUACGAAGCGGGCUUUCAGUGUAGGGAAGUCAUUGAACAAGGAGUGAAGCCCGAGGAUCAACAGGAGGGUGAUGAUUUGGCAUCUGAUGCCACCGGUCGUCUAAUUGUGAGACCUCUCAAGCCAACCGGAACCUGUAUCGAGGACUACGAUGUGCCACCCGAAGACGAUCCGGUAUGGUUCGCCUGGCGACGAUUUUUUGCUUCUCCAUAUUUUCGACGCAUAUGGAUUCUACAAGAAUACACUCUUGGUAGCGAUCUCUAUGUUCACAACGGUAUUUCCUUGUUGAGUUACCCGUUGAUCUAUGUCGUUAUGGACUGCGUCAAGAAUUACAGCAGAAUGAUGAACAUGCACUACUUGGGCCGUGGAGAGAACGCCGAGUUGACUCUAGCUGCGUUCAUAGGAUGGAACGGUUUGGGAACCAUGAACAUGGAGAGGUUGCGCACAGGCGAGGAUCUUCGUGACAAGGAUUGGGUCAAGAAUAAGUCAAGGCUCAUCGACAAGAUCUGGCAUACCUUUAAAUUCGAUGCGACUGAUCCGCGAGACAAGAUCUACGCUUUGUUAGGUCUUGCGUCAGAUGCCGAGCAUUUUGGACACCUGGUCAGCUACCAACCGGAAGACACCUACCCGAAAGUCUACACCCGCUUUACAAAAGCAUUCAUCGAACAAGGACAUCUUGUAGAAGUCUUAAGCAUGGCGUGCAUGACACCUGUUAGCCCGCUGCUGCCCAGUUGGGUACCAGACUGGUUUACUUCUUCUUUCGCGCCAAAGAAGCCAAGAAUUCCAUUGGGGGGAGGCUAUCGAGCUGGCGGCAAUAUCACUUCGGUCAGCAGUAGCUUUGUGCAAAACCAGCUCAUUCUCAGCGGUCAGGUUGUUACAAAGUUUGCCUUUAUGACCUCUCCUGUGCGGAAAGACAGGCUCAACGCCGGCAUUGGGGGUCGUCUCCAAUACACCUAUGAGAUGCUACUAACCUCUCUGAAAGAGCUUACCGACUUCCUCAAACAGAAACCGGGUGAGAUACUCGAGAGCUUCUUUCACUGCAUCACAAUGCGGCCUAAUACGACAAUCGACGACGCGCACAUGACUGAUCUCAAAGACCAGGCCCUUUUCCUGACACUCCUCUCACGUAUUGACGAGUACAAGAUGAUCGAGGAUCGUAUGCAUCUGAAAAUCACUUUCGGUGCUUUCCCCGAAGAAGACGUCGCAUUCCUACAGAGGGUUAUGGGCAAUCUAAAGGGACGUUGCUUCUGCGUGACGAGUCUCGGUGGGCAAGUCGGUCUUGUAGCUGAGCAAACGCAGCUUAGUGAUUGUCUCGCAAUAAUCAAAGGUGCACCAGUGCCCUUUUUGUUAAGAGAGGCGAAUGGAAGCUCGGAAGGAGGUGAGAAAGUAUACAAUAUCGUCGGUGACGCGUAUGUUCUGGGCUUAAUGGGAGGAGAGCAUAUACUGCCCGAAGACCGCAGAUGGCAUAAGAUAGUUAUUGUUUAGAUAACUGGUUAGCCAUUUCGGGUGUUGCAUUUAGGGUGCCAUCAUCACAAGAUCUAAACUUUACGCGAC